GUAUUCUUGAACAUUCUAUUCUUGGGACAUUCGGGGUGCGCCAUGCAGCCGAUCAGUUGGCUGCUCUCAUUCACUGGCUUUCACCGGCCAGAUGCCUGGCACGAGCGACCGGUGCCAGGAUCACCUGGCAUCAAACGGCGGCGCCGGACUUUGACUUCGCCUGAUGAUGAUGAUGGAAAUGGUGAUGCAAAAGAGGUUGACAAGGCGCAAAAAUCAAAUUCCUCCUUCGAGGAGGAGACGGCUAUCACCAAGGUCUUGAAGUCGGUGGACCCGAGUCUGCUUGAUGACAGCCCUGGUGGUGUCAAUGCCUUGACCAGAAAAGGCACAAUCUUGAUGACCAUGUGCAGUUGUCUCGGAUUUCAUGCUCUCCGCUUGAUCCUGCGUGAUGCCUUCUUCAGAUCGGCCUCUUCAACUCGUCCCAAUACUCUUCUCAAGCGCAAGGUUGCUGAGCAUUAUCUGCUAUCCGCAAUCCAUGCAUUUGGGUGUUCGUACUUCAGCCUCCGGAAGUUCUUGAGUGGGCGCUGGAACUCGCCUGUGGGUUCCGAGGCCAUGCUUUGCUUCUCUUUGGGAUAUACAAGUUACACUCUUUGCGCCCUGAAAACUCAACUUUUGUCCGAUCCACUCUGGGCACUCAAUGAACUCGGCAAUUUCGUGAAGAUUUGGUCUUGCUUGCGUGCACAGGGUGUGGGCUGGGUUGUCCCCAUGCUGUUCUCUGCGGAGGUCCCUACAGCCUUCUUGGAUACGCUCCGCAUGUUGGCAGAGUUCGGGAUUCAGCCAUCGCACAUUGUUUGGCGCAUGUUCCUAGGAGCCUUCACCCUCAGCUUUGUCUCAGUGAAGGCGAUUGCCCUGCCGGCGAUUCUGGGAUACUUUGUUCUUCGUCCACAAGACUAUCCAGAACUGCAUCAGCCAGCUUUCUUGCCAGCGAAGCUCGCCAUACUUGCGAGAGCUUUCCUGAACUACCUCUGGUUAAGCAUCGUGGCACGUCAUUGGGUUCCGACGCGACAUUUCCACCCGGAAGGUGAAUACCUGAUCUCGCGGAGAGAAGAGCGGCUCCCCCGCCUCCGAGAGAUUACCCCCAACAUGGGACAGGUGAUCCAGCAUAUCCGGAAGGCCUACAAUCCAAUGAGCCUCCUAUUCUUCUCUGUGCUGCAAGGCUGCUACUUCGUUGGCCCUGCAGCAAUUCCAGCCAUUCUCUACGCAUUGGCUCGGAGACCGAAGUAUCGCAUGGCCGCUGGUUCCGUGCUGGCAAUGCUCGGCAUCAUGGCAGUGUGGCCGAUGCACAUGGAGCGGCCCUACCGGACCGCAUCCACACCCAUGGCGGCUCUUCUUCAAAAGUGGUUGCGCGAGCGGCUCUUGCGAUAUUUCUCUUUCAAGGCGAUCUUUGAGGAGCCUCUACAGAAGGAUCGCAGGUACAUGCUGGCGGUGAUGCCACAUGGUGUGAUCCCAUUCGCAAGUACAUGCUUGUCCAUUGCCCUUGAGAAGGAAGGCUUUGUGCCUAACAGCAUUGGCGCAGACAUCCUGUUCCAGAUUCCGCUUUUGAGGCAGCUAUGCCGAUUUGGAGGGCUUGUUCCAGCCACACCGCAGUCGAUUAAACGGGCCUUGACUUGGCCUUAUCCCAACAACGUGACCUUCAUUGUUCCAGGAGGGAUUGCGGAGAUCUUCUUGAUGCGUCCUGACUUGGAGCAGGUCUUCAUCAAGAGCCGUAAGGGCUUCGUUCGUCUGGCCCUUCAGUCUGGCGUGGACAUUGUGCCGGUCUAUGGCCUGGGGCAUACGCAACUCUUCACCAUGUUGGAUAAGUCCUCGGCCUUGGGUGGCUUCUUGAUGCGCAUGAGCCGCCGAUUCAAGGUUUCCUUGCCUUUAAGUUACGGCCGGCUUGGAAUGCCGUUGGUCCCCUAUUCCAAGCCAAUCGCUGCCCUUGUGGGCAAACCCAUACGCAUCGAAAAAGCCUACUCCAACCCACCUGAAGAGUUGGUGAAUGACAUUCAUGCGCAGUUCAUCGCAGAACUGCAACGAAUAUUUGAGAAGCACAAAGGCAUCGUACCGGGGUAUGAGCAUAAGCAGCUCUACUUGGAGGAUGAAGCGGUGCCACCGCUUCAGAAGGACGCCAUGGCUACCGACGUACUGUUCCCGAGCAGCAUGCCGGAUCCGAAGGGCCAGGUGCCGAGAAGCCGGCUUUAGCCUGGAAGGCGGGUUGUCGCAAGAGUUGCCUCAGACUCAAACAUAUUGGCAGUACAUUUUUAUAGAUAAUAUAUUAUUUUUUGUAUAUCUCUCAUCAAAAAGGAUUACGUCAAAUUCACUGUGGUCAACCUUUGGCAGUUCAUCUCCCUUAUGAAGUGUGAGUCAGAAAACAUAUUGUCAGUAGUGGUCCGUCUUCUAUUUCCUGACUCAACCUGUUGUGAGGUACUUUAAACAGCAUUACGGUUCAUCGAGAUCCGGCAAAAUUUGCCCUGAUCAUGCGUGGAUUUUGUGGAGUGUGCUCAUUACACAUGGUACGGGUGUCCCAUUAGUCCACUACAUGUAUGUCGUUGGG